AUGCCCCAAGGAACAGACCUGAAGACCAAAGACCUCAAAACCGGAGCUAAAGAGGCGGCUAGAAGUCUCCGGGAAGAGCUGGGACCCAUCUCCACAGCCCUGCUUCAGAGCGACUGGUUUGUGGAGGCAGCGAUGAACAACAUUGGCAUGAGCGACGCAGCUGCAGCUAUGGCUCCUCUUUCUCCAGGACUUCGUAGCAGCCCACAGACUCCAACUUCUCCUAGGAAAUCACCUAAACAGAGUCUUGGAUCUUCAUCUCCGGGACUGCUAUCUCCUGCGAUGGGAAGAGCCAACGCCAAUGAUGAAGCAAAGCCAUCUUCAAGUGUUGUCAACUCACCCAGCCAUUCCAUCAUGAGCUCCCCAAAGCUAUGGCACAAGACGUCCAUCUGCAGGCUGGCAGAGGAGUUCUUCUGGAUUGGAGGGAGUGUGGUGGCACAGCCCAAGUGGAGACUGGGACAGAUAAUUGAGAGAUGCAUGUGCAGCAUGCAGACAGGGACACAGAUGUCCAAACUGAAGGGGAAGAAGAAAGGGCUGGUGCGCUUCUUUUACCUGGACGAGCAUAAGUCCUGUAUCCGCUGGCGACCAUCACGGAAGCACGACAAAGCCAAAAUUACCAUUGACUCCAUUCACGAGGUCUGCGAGGGGAAGAAGUCAGAGAUGUUCCGUAGAUACGCAGACAACCGCUUCGACCCCAACUGUUGCUUCAGUAUUUACUUUGGGGCUCGGGUCAAGUCCUUGGACCUGGUGACCAGUAACGCAGAACAAGCACGAACAUGGAUCCAUGGACUCAAGUACCUCAUGGCCGGGAUCAGCGAUGAAGACUGUCUGGCCCGAAGGCAGCGAACCCGAGACCAAUAUCCUUCACAGACUUUCUCAGAGGCUGAUAAAAAUUGUGAUGGGACUCUGAGUAUUGGAGAAGUUCACCAGCUGCUCCACAAACUCAACGUCAAUCUUCCCAGACAGAAAGUCAAGGAGAUGUUUCAGGAAGCAGACACAGAUGAAAACCAGGGAACUCUUGGGUUUGAAGAAUUUUGCUCAUUUUAUAAAAUGAUUUCAACGAGACGAGACCUGUACCUCAUCAUGAUCUCAUACAGCAACCAGAAGGAAGUGAUGGACUUACAGGAUCUGGCGCGAUUUUUGGAGAAUGAGCAGAAGAUGCGAGGUCUGGCAAGGGAACAUCUUGUCGACAUUAUGAACAAAUUUGAACCGUGUCCUGAGAACCUUCAGCGUUUAGUUCUGGGAAUCGAUGGUUUUACAAACUACAUGCGGAGUCCAGCGGGAGAUAUAUUUAACCCUGAGCACCAUCAGGUGAAUCAGGACAUGAGCCAGCCUUUGAAUAACUACUACAUUGCCACUUCUCAUAACACCUACCUGACCGGGGACCAGCUGCUGUCCCAGUCCAGGGUGGAGAUGUACUCCUAUGUUCUGCAGGACGGCUGCCGCUGUGUGGAGGUGGACUGCUGGGACGGCCCUGAUGGAGAGCCCAUCAUACACCAUGGCUACACUCUGACGUCCAAGAUCCUCUUCAGAGACGUGAUAGAAACUAUCAAUAAAUAUGCCUUCACCAAAACACCGUUCCCGGUUAUCUUGUCCAUUGAGAACCACUGCACUGUGCCUCAGCAGAAGAAAAUGGCAGAAUAUCUCAAAGAAGUCCUGCAGGACAAACUGGACCUGUCCUGUGUCAAUGCUCACGAGUUCAGGAAGCUACCGUCUCCUGAGAUCCUCAAGGGGAAGGUCUUGAUCAAGGGCAAAAAGCUGCCUGUAAACCUUGACCCCACUGCAGAGGAGGGCGAUGUGUCUGAUGAAGAUACUGAAAACGAGGACAUUGAGGAGGAGUCAGAUGAAGACGACCGUUCACCUGAUAGAAACAGCGCAACAUCUGCCAAUCCCCCCAAGAAGGCAAAGCGCUUUGGAAGGUCAAUCAUGAGAAGUUUUAAACGAAAGAGGAAAAAGAGAGCGCGCUCCAAAAACAAAUCAGUGUCAGAUGGAGAGUCGGAUUACAAUGGCAGCAGAGACAGGACUCAGAUUGUCUAUCAUCCAAAAAAAAGGAAAACAAUGAGGCUUUCUCGCGCCCUGUCUGAUCUGGUCAGGUACACCAAAUCCGUGCGAGUUCAUGACAUAGAAACACAAGCGAGCACCAACAGUUGGCAGGUGUCUUCUCUCAAUGAGACUGUUAUGAACCAGAUCUUGCAGCUGAAACCCGGGGAGUUGGUCCGUUUUAACCAGAGACAGCUCCUCAGAGUCUAUCCAUCCAACUACAGAGUGGACUCCAGCAACUUCAACCCUCAGCCCUACUGGAACACUGGCUGCCACAUGGUUGCGUUGAAUUAUCAAACUGACGGUCGAAUGCUGGAGCUGAACCGGGCCAAGUUUGCCAGCAACGGAAACAGUGGAUUUGUGCUGAGGCCCAAGUGCCUCAAUAAAGGUGCCUUUAAUCCCAUGUUAGAUGAUCCUCUGCCAGGACAUAGAAAAACACAGUUAAUCCUGAAAAUCAUUAGUGGACAGCAGCUUCCAAAACCAAAAGAUUCAAUGUUGGGAGACAGAGGAGAGAUCAUUGAUCCCUAUGUUGAGGUGGAAAUUAUUGGUCUACCCAUGGACUGCGAAAAGAAACAAACAAGAGUCGUGGAUGAUAAUGGUUUUAAUCCUAUGUGGGAGGAGACUCUUGUGUUCAACAUUCAAAUGCCUCAAAUAGCUCUGGUGCGAUUUGAGGUGUGGGACCAUGAUCCAAUUGGACGUGACUUCAUUGGACAGAGAACGAUAGCUUUGAGAAGUAUGCUCCCAGGCUAUCGUCAUGUGUACCUGGAAGGCAUGGCAGAGUCCUCCAUUUUUGUUCAUGUUGCCAUCCACGACAACACUGGAAAGGUGAAACCCACUAAUGCCGUCCAAGCCGCUAAGAAACACAUCCAGAAGGCAGCUCAGAAGCACAUAAAAGGACAACCUCGACAAGCGUCUUUGGACUUCUCUGUCCAGUCUUCAGACGAUGCACGUUCAAUUUAUCGGCGAGAUCUGGACACGUUGUCACAGGACAGUAAAAAUGGGGACGGUUUUCCUUUUGGUCCUGCAGCUAUGGCAGCUAUCCACAAGGGCGCGAUGAGCGAGCCAGUGCGGCGCGCCCAACGGAAUCAGACGGACAUUAGAGACUCCAGCGGCCCCAAGACCCUCCUCACCAAUACGGACCAAACACCGAUCGCAAAGUUGCCCGCCGAAACAUUUACCCUCACAGACGCCAAUGUUGAACCGUAA